AUGUUCCCAAUUUCACUUGUAGUGAGUCCCAUAGUCUCUGUAGUGAUAAAAACAGCUGCUUCCUUAAUCAGUGACAGGUAUGUGGGUGUGAUCGGAGUCGAGGAAGAUAUCAAAAGACUGUCAGAUACCAUGUCUGCAAUCAAUGCUGUUCUUCAAGAAACAGACAAGAUGCAAACAAAGUCUGAACCCCUGAAAGAUUGGCUUGAAAAGGUGCAAGACUUUGCUUAUGACACAGCAGACAUUCUAGAGACCCUAUCGGCCGAUGCGUAUAUGUGGAGAAGGAAGCAAGUAAGUAGCUUAAGAUCAAGCAUGCACAAAAUUUUCAUUGGGUAUAGCAUAGUAGAUGAUGUGACCAAGCUGUUACGAAGGCUAGAAGACAUUAAGGAAGGAAAAAAACUGUUCGACAACAUCAUUGGUGCCCCGGUUGUGAUGAUGCCUGCUUCUGAGACUGGACACGGACACGGAUAUGGUCAAACACACACUAGUUCUCUCUUGAGCAAAUCGCAAGUUGUCGGCAGGAAAGAUGAUAAAGAGAAGAUAGUGGAGAUGUUGGUGUCCGCGGCGUUGGAUAAAGAUGUGAGCGAGGAGGAAGGACACAUUGCUACCAUUGCCAUUGUCGGGAUGGGAGGGGUAGGCAAAACAACUCUUGCUCGAUUGGUCUACAAUGAUGAUGCAGUUAAAGACCAUUUUCAGCGCAGAAUAUGGAUUUCUGUCAAUUUCAAUUUCAAUUUGGACAGGAUUCUACAAGAGAUGAAGGUAUCCCUUUAUGGGAAGUCGUACAAACCAACCCUGUCUAUGGACAACGUACAAACAGAAGUUCACAAGUUUUUGGCCGGAAAGCGUUUUCUGCUUGUUCUAGAUGAUGUUUGGACUCAAAACAUUACAGACUGGGAGCAGCUGAAG